AUGCAAAAUCAAGAGGCGACGACGGUAGAAGACUCGCAACUUGGGUUGAAAACCCCGGAGAAGUAUGAACAGCAUUGUAUACUAUUUCCCACGUAUGCUACUAAACACGCGGACGAUGGUAGUUUAACUGAUAAUUGGAAUAUUCGCGUUCGUGGUUGGGCGUUUUCAUCUCCAACAAAUAGCAGAUCUCUGAGUCUAUUCCUAAAAUUAACAUCGAAAGUAAGGGGUCUGAAAAAGGAUGAUCCAACAUAUGAAAUGCUACAAUCACGCGUUUCUCUUUUUUGGGCCAGCAAUAUAACCGGAGCGGAGUUUACUGUUCAGACUAUCGGAACUACUGAAUCAAAUAAAAUGGCUAUCGAAGUGCUGGAGAAGGCUGGGAAAAUAAUAGAGAACACAGGAAAAAUUAAUAUGUUAAAGCAUCCUGACUAUGAAACCAAGAGCACAAAGAUAUCUUGUAAUGGCGGCCAAUUCACAGGUACCAUUGGCAUACCUCAAUCUACUAUCAAGAAAUGGGUUCAACAGGAAGAGAGAAUGGACUUGUAUAAGCCACAUUCCACCAAGGAAUCGAAAUCGAAGGUGCGAUUGAUCAAAAUUCAAGCUUAUGAUGCUAAAAUUUCUCAACCUGCACACGGUGUAGUCAAUCUGAUUGGGUCAGAUGGGAUAUCGGUGAUUUCUGAUAUAGAUGAUACAAUCAAAGAAACUGACGUGAUGGAUGGUGUGGGGAAAGUCCUCACAAACACGUUUUUGCAGCCCACUAAAGCUGUUGACGGCAUGGCUGAUGCGUACCGUAGCUGGUACGAGAAAGGCAUCGCAAUUCAUUACGUCUCCAAUUCGCCGUGGCAACUGUUCCCAAUGCUGCGUAACUUUUUCAAAGAAUACAAUUUUCCUCCGGGAUCGGCUCACCUUAAGUUUUAUGAUGGUCUUAUAAAAAGUGCUCGAGAACAAAAAGAAAAUCCGACGGCUAGCAAAUUCAUGUAUAUUAGAGAGUUACUCAAAGACUUCCCUCAACGAAAAUUUAUCUUAGUUGGAGAUUCUGGAGAAUUGGACCCAGAGAUAUACACUACAAUCGCUCGUGAACAUCCAGAUAGAAUAGUUCGAAUUUUUAUUCGAGACGUAUCGACUAAACACAUUAAAGACCUGCCAGCCCAACCGCCAAAGUAUUCGUACGUUCAUACAUUCCCAUCUUUGGUGAAGAAUCUCAAAUCCUACUAUCAAGAUAGUGGAAAGGAGGACAAGGCUGAUGAGAAGAACGACAAUCUUAAUGAGGAAAUGAACGAUGCAACACCAACAGAAAUUGUAGAUAGUCCUAUAGCUGACAAGAAUUCUAGUCGGUCAGUAAAGUCACAGAAAUAUACGCCAUCUUCAUUACUCGAAAACCUACGGUCGGAUCUGUCAUAUUUAAGACGAACAUCAACACCGGGUUCGCGGUCUAUUCCUAGAGCACCGUCAAGUGCAAAUGUACAAUCACCUACUGAAGAUUCUGUGACGGACGAAUCGAACGCUGAUUCGAGUAGUUCUAGCUCCGGGAAACCGCUUUCUAGCUCUACGUCUGGUUCCGACAAGCCUACCUCUGGCUCGGAUAAGCCUACCUCUGGCUCGGAUAAGCCUGCCUCUGAACAAUUAAAGACUCCUUUGGAAAUGUUUCAUGAGCGUAUCGCUAAUUUGACAGCUGGACUCCCAGAGGGAUUAUUUUCAUUAUUUAACGAAGCUAGCGAAUUGGGCAGUGACACUGCUGUCGCUGAAGCCAUCGCUGAAGCCAUAAGACAACAUAAGGAAAAGUACGCCACGUAA